UAUGCAAGCAGCCCGAUGUCCCACCGACGAGCUGUCCUUAACCAACUGCGCUGUGGUGAAUGAGAAGGACUUCCCGUCUGGGCAACAUGUUGUUGUGAAGACUUCGCCCAACCACAAGUACAUUUUCACCCUGAGGACCCAUUCCUCAGUUGUUCCUGGCAGCAUCGCGUUCAGCUUGCCCCAGAGGAAAUGGGCUGGACUCUCUAUCGGACAAGAGAUCGACGUCUCCUUGUACACCUUCGACAAGGCGAAGCAGUGCAUCGGCACCAUGACGAUCGAGAUCGAUUUCCUGCAGAAGAAGAACAUUGACUCCAACCCCUACGACACGGACAAGAUGGCUGCGGAGUUCAUCCAGCAGUUCAACAGCCAGGCCUUCUCAGUGGGCCAGCAGCUUGUGUUCAGUUUUAAUGACAAACUUUUUGGGCUGUUAGUAAAGGACAUGGAAGCCAUGGACCCCAGCAUUCUCAAAGGAGAGUCUGGAGCAAGCAAGAAGCAGAAGAUUGAAGUUGGUUUGGUUCUUGGAAACAGUCAAGUUGCCUUUGAAAAAGCUGAGAACUCCUCUCUUAACCUGAUCGGUAAAUCAAAGACCAAGGAGAACCGCCAGUCGAUCAUCAACCCGGACUGGAAUUUUGAGAAAAUGGGCAUUGGGGGCCUUGACAAAGAAUUCUCGGAUAUUUUCCGACGAGCUUUUGCUUCUCGAGUUUUUCCACCUGAAAUUGUGGAGCAAAUGGGCUGCAAGCACGUGAAAGGCAUUCUCUUGUACGGGCCUCCAGGCUGUGGUAAAACACUCAUGGCGAGACAGAUCGGCAAGAUGCUGAAUGCCAGAGAACCAAAGGUGGUCAACGGGCCAGAAAUCCUCAAUAAAUACGUGGGCGAGUCCGAGGCCAACAUCCGCAAGCUGUUUGCUGAUGCAGAAGAAGAGCAGAGGAGGCUUGGAGCAAACAGUGGUGUGCACAUCAUCAUCUUUGAUGAGAUCGAUGCAAUCUGCAAGCAGAGAGGGAGCAUGGCGGGCAGCACGGGCGUCCACGAUACCGUUGUAAACCAGUUGCUGUCUAAAAUCGAUGGCGUGGAGCAGCUCAAUAACAUCCUGGUGAUUGGAAUGACCAACAGACCCGACCUGAUUGAUGAGGCUCUGCUGAGACCGGGGAGGCUGGAGGUGAAGAUGGAGAUUGGCUUGCCGGACGAGAAGGGCCGAUUUCAGAUUCUUCACAUCCACACCGUGCGGAUGCGGGAGCACCAGCUGCUGUCUGAGGAUGUGGACAUUGCAGAACUGGCAGUGGAGACUAAAAACUUCAGUGGUGCUGAGUUGGAGGGUUUAGUUCGAGCUGCUCAGUCCACUGCUAUGAACAGGCACAUUAAGGCCAGCAACAAAGUGGAGGUGGACAUGGAGAAGGCGGAGAGCUUGCGUGUGACAAGAGGAGACUUCUUUGCAUCUCUGGAGAAUGACAUCAAGCCAGCGUUUGGAACCAACCAGGAAGACUAUGCAAGCUACAUCAUGAAUGGCAUUAUUAAGUGGGGUGAUCCAGUAACAAGGGUAUUGGAUGAUGGGGAGCUGCUUGUCCAGCAGACCAAGAACAGUGACCGUACUCCUCUGGUUAGCGUUCUUCUAGAAGGUCCCCCGCACAGUGGGAAGACUGCGCUAGCGGCAAAAAUAGCGGAAGAGUCCAACUUUCCCUUCAUCAAGAUCUGUUCUCCAGAUAAGAUGAUCGGAUUUUCUGAAACGGCCAAGUGUCAGGCUAUGAAGAAGAUCUUCGAUGACGCGUACAAGUCCCAGCUCAGCUGUGUGGUCGUGGACGACAUUGAGAGACUGCUGGAUUACGUUCCGAUUGGACCGCGGUUCUCUAAUCUGGUGUUGCAAGCCCUUCUUGUACUGCUGAAGAAGGCCCCCCCUCAGGGCCGCAAGCUCCUGAUCAUUGGCACCACCAGCCGCAAGGAUGUCCUGCAGGAGAUGGAGAUGCUGAACGCUUUCAGCACCACAAUCCACGUGCCCAACAUUGCAACGGGGGAGCAGCUGAUGGAGGCUUUGGAGCUCCUGGGUAACUUCAAAGACAAGGAGCGCAGCACGAUUGCACAGAACGUCAAAGGGAAGCCUGUCUGGAUUGGCAUCAAGAAGCUGCUGAUGCUGAUAGAAAUGUCAUUACAAAUGGAUCCCGAGUAUCGGGUGAAAAAGUUCUUGGCUCUUCUGAGAGAAGAAGGAACAGUUCCUUCCCUAGACUGAAGGUGGACCAAGUGCAAGAUCAACAGCUGGAAAAGUGACCAACCUGGAGAACAGACACUGGGAUCUUUACUCUUCUGUGUUCAACACACUGGACAAAGUGAAAUGCUCCCCCGUUUCCAAGAACCCCAUGUGGAAUCUGCAUGUUUAGUGCAAUACGGUAUCUUUGUUCUUCGUCUGCAAUACACUGAUGUCACGUGGAAGUGUCCUCUAGAACACCGUGCUUUUGUCUCCGUGCAGGCCGGGCUGCGUUCUCGUUUGGUUUUAGCAUGGGGGAAAUGUGCUGUCAGUUUUGAAGCUAACGCUCACUUGUGUCCAGCACCCGGUUGCUACACCAGGAAAGAAAUCCUGAUUUCUAAUAAAACCUGACGGUCUUUGCUGAAGGCUUGCUGAAGUUCUGCUCUGUGUUUUCCUGAUCUGAUGAACGCUUCCUUGUUCUGUCAGCCUGUGCCUCACUGAGCGCUGGGCCAGGCUGAUCACCCAGAGGCAGUGCCCGCAGUAAUUGGGCUCCAGAACUGCGAGGUGCUGAUAGCGGCUUCCUUUGACACCCGGCUGCUUGCUGGCCUGAUGGUGUAUGGGCAGUGGCACACGGGGCUGGAAGGGGGCAGGGAAGGAUGUUGAUCAGAGUAGAGGAAGCUUCCAAAUCCAGUAGUGAGGGCAUCAAAGCUUGUCAAUUCAGCAGCGGUUGUCGAGAGGCUCAUUCCAAACCGAAAGCUCUUCAUGAGUGCAAUGUUGAUGGCAGCUUUGGCAUUGCCAGCCUCGUUAUAUCCCGUUUUUCUGCCGUGUUACCAAAGGUUGGAAUUCCUCCUUAGAGACAGAGGAAGCCGAGCUCUGCAGAUGCACGAGAUGUGUAUGGCCGUGUUUUUGCACUAAAAUAAAGGAAUGUAAAGGCUCUGCUGCGUGGUCUUUCCCCAGCAGUCAUCUCGUGUCAAUGAGGUGCUGCCGAUGACAACUGCACGAGGCUGCUCCCCUCUGGUUCCUUGGCUCCACACGUUUAAUAAGGUUCAUGGAACAUACCUCAAUUUGGUGGGGCAUGAAAUCAAAGCCAUUUAUGAGAUCUUAGUCAGUGUAGCUUCCUAGGCUUGACCAGACACGCUGCUGAGGGCUACCAGCUUGCACCCAGAGCGGUGUUCCCAGGAAGGAGGGAGCUUCACGUUCCUUCAGGCCCGGAGGUGAAGGUGCUGUCGUCCUUAGCGCAUUGCAGCGGUCGGAGCGUUUUAGUCACUCCACUGUGGUUUCUGUUCCUUUGGCAGUGCUGUUGUGUUGUGGUGACGUCGCGAGGCCCAGUGGUUGUUGUCCCCUCUCAUUCUGUGUACGAUCUUGUGAAUUUAUUUGUUCCUUCCUUUCCUCUGCGAGUCCCAGCGACAGCAGCGCACAUUAACUUAUACUUCAGAGUAAAUGAUGUAAACCUUAUUGUGUCUGUGUCCAGAACUAUAUCGAUGAAUAAAUAUCUGGUUUAAUUGCACAUUCAAUGGAUUCAAUAAAAAGCACAACU